ACGUUAUGUGAGCGAGAAGAGCUUAUUUUGUUCUCAACGUUGAUGAGAGUGCCAUCUGGUGAGAAGAGCGCGAAAUACUUGCGUGUGUGAAUAUUUUGUGUAUUAAGUGACAUUUUCGGAAAUAUUCUAACAUAAUGCCUGGACGUCCUAUUUGGCAGUGCGCUGGCAAACGCGAACCGGAAAAGGAAGCCGAAGCCCAGAAAUGGAUCGAGGCUGUGAUCGGGGAGCGAUUCCCCCCCGACCUUAGGUACGAGCAUGCUCUACGUGAUGGCAUCAUCCUGUGCAAACUGAUGAACAAACUGCAGCCCGGCAUCAUCUCUAAAGUCAACAUCACCGGUGGAGAUUACAAAUUCAUGGAUAAUAUUAACCAGUUCCAAAAGGCUUGCGUUAAGUACGGAGUGCCUGAUGUGGACCUCUUUCAAUCGACAGACCUCUGGGACCAGAAGAACAUUGCCUUGGUGACGCAGACUAUCUUUGCUCUAGGCAGAACGGCUUACAAACACCCCGAAUGGCGUGGUCCCUUCCUCGGUCCCAGGCCAGCUGAAGAAAACCGUCGUGAAUUCAGCGAAGAUGUACUCCGAGCUGGUAACGCAGUCAUAGGCCUCCAGGCUGGCACCAACAAGCUGGCAUCUCAGUCCGGCCAGAACUUCGGCGCUUCCCGUAAGAUCAUCCUCGGCAAGUGAGGUACCAGGAUGGCAUAUCUCGAAAGAGCUUAUAAGUAUUAUGUAGGACGUAAAUUGUAGGUACCGAUUUUUCUUCACACUUAUCAAGUAAUCAGUAAAAUAAAAUCUUAUCUUUGAUUACCUAUAUAUAUGUAAAAUGUCUAUUGUAAAUUACAUGAAAUCAAUAACUCAAAUUAUAUUUGUAUAUUAUUACAUCUAUUAACCAUACUUUACACUUGUAUCAUUAAUAAUAUCAACCAAAGAUAUAAAUGUUGGAAUAUUUUUACUAGAAUAGAUAAGUACCUACGUAUA